CGGGGCUCGUUCCUCAUUUUUUAGUUUCCCAGAGAUUUGGCUCACAUACACUGUAUUACUUAAAAUAUACACCCACACAAAGCGCACACACACACUCUCUCUCUCCCCCCAAUCCUUUCUCAUCUUCAACUCGGAACACUCUUUCUUCAUUGCAGAAAGUCCGCUUGGUUUGUCUAAAGCGAAUGCAACCUAAUCCUGUUUGGCUACUCGAUCAAAUCCGCUACAGCUUUUUGAGAUACCAGUUGUGAAGAUUUCAUUCCAAGUUUGCUGGUGAUGUUGUGUGUGAUUGUAUGUUAUACUGCUAUCCAAUCGAGUGUAAAGUAGUCUUGAUUCCAAAGCUCUAUCUAUUUGAUUUCUGAUAGUUUUGCAGACGUUCGGAAGCAAUUUGUGAAGUGUUUUUCGUUCUUGUUAUUUCUGGAUUGUGGACUUCCAUCGAGUUUCGUAGUUAAAUCGACUUUUGGAAUAUUUACAGAGCUAGGCCAGAGGUUUUCGUUUGUUUUAUUCAAUCAUACGGAUCGUUGUACCGUCGGAACUAGUUGUAAUCUUUGUUUUCACGAUGACCUGAAUUUUGAGGGAGAGAGAGAGAAACGUGCGAGUGAGUAGAUUCUUCUGUACGUGCUUACCGGGGGCGUUAAACCCGAAAGACUAGAAAGCAAUGCCUCACCGAACCACUUACUUCUUUCCCAGGCAAUUUCCCGAUCGCGGAUUUGACGCAUCAACUAGCAAGUCCCUGUUGGAUCACGAGAAUAAGAUCGACCAGAAGGAGACCUUCAACGUUGAAAAUGACAACCAAAAGUUAUCAUCAAAGUCCACCAACUUUACAGCUACAAAGGAUAUCGCGGUUGGCAAGGCGUCCGCCGUUUCCGACGAAAAGUUCUUAAACAAGAAAGAACAUUUUGCAGACUUUUGCGAGUGGCUUGCGGAGAAAAAGGGGAAAAGAUCCGGUCACGUGAAGCUACAUAGAUUAUCGUGCGACGAGGAUCAUGAGCUAUUGUUGCCACCAGAGCCUCCGGUGUCGGAAAUAGUAAAGGACCGGGACGUUGACCGGAACUUCGAUAGGCAAGUUUCGUUGCCGAGGCUUUCUAGCGGGAGUAGUUAUGCCGGAAGCUUGUUCUCUGGGACCACGGUGGAAGGGAACUUCCCCAGCGAUGUCAAAGGCACGGUCUCCUCAUCCACCAUACCGACGCAGGCAAUGGUGUCAACGACGGGGCAGGAGGCGGAGGUGGAAGUCGCGGGGGAGGGAGUGGGGGGAGAAAUGGUGAAGGAAGAGAGGAGGAAUAUAGAAAGCACGGCCCAAAGAACAAGUGAGAGCUAUUACUUGCAGCUGUCUUUGGCGAGGAGGCUUGCUUCUCAAACAAGCUUAGCUCACGAGUUUGUUGUUUUGAGAGAGAGUGGAACCGACGUCUUCGAUGCCGAGACUGUUUCUUAUCGUCUCUGGGUUAGUGGUUGUUUAUCAUACAGUGACAAGAUAUCGGACGGAUUUUAUAACAUUUUGGGCAUGAAUCCUUAUCUGUGGGCCAUGUGCAACAGUGAGGAGGAUGGUAGACGGCUGCCAUCUUUGAUGGCGCUUAAAGAAAUUGAACCAGGUGAGACAUCAAUAGAGGUUGUUCUUGUGGAUGGACGGGGUGACUCCCGCCUCAAGGAACUUGAGGAUAAGGCCCAAGAGUUAUAUUGUGCCUCAGAAAGCACACUGGUGUUGGUGGAGAAACUGGGAAAACUCGUUGCCAUUUACAUGGGGGGAACUUUCCCUAUGGAGCAAUGUGACCUUUACAAGCACUGGAAAUUGGUGAGCAAAAGAUUGAAAGAUUUUCAGAAAUGCAUUGUCCUUCCCAUUGGCAGCCUAUCUACUGGUCUCUGCAGGCAUCGUGCAAUUCUAUUCAAGAAAUUGGCAGACUAUAUAGGUUUGCCUUGUCGGAUAGCUAGAGGGUGCAAGUAUUGUGCAGCAGACCAUCAAUCUUCUUGCCUUGUCAAAAUUGAAGAUGACAGGCAGACCCCAAGGGAAUAUGUAGUUGAUCUGGUUGGGGAACCGGGAAAUAUCCAUGGUCCAGAUUCCUCAAUCAAUGGGGGAUUCUCUUCAAUUCCUUCCCCUCUUCAAGUCUCUCAUCUAAAAGAAUGCCAACAAUCCAACAUGGAGAGCGCAUCUUCUUGUCAGAUUCUUGAGUCGAUGCACUCGUGUGGUCUUCCUGAAAAUUCUUCAUAUUCAGUUGAUCAACCUUGUGUUAAGGAAUCGUCACUGAUACCUUUACUAGGAGGAGAUGAUAGUGUUGUGCAACAAACUUACAAAAAUGAGAUUGUUAUAUCUGGAAGUCCUAUAGUAAGCAAUUCUCUCAAGCAAACUGUGGUGAACUUAUCCAGUCCCUCAGAUGUGAACGUGGUCAAUAGUAGAUUUAAAGCUCAAAGAUCUCCUGCCUCAACAAUUCCCAGAUACUUGAAUCUUGAACCAUCUCUAGCAAUGGACUGGCUUGAGAUUUCAUGGGAUGAACUGCACAUUCAGGAGUGUGUUGGUGCUGGUUCGUUUGGUACAGUGCAUCGUGCUGAAUGGCAUGCAUCGGAUGUUGCAGUGAAGGUUUUAACUGUCCAAGAUUUUCAUGAUGAUCAAUUUAAGGAAUUUCUAAGAGAGGUUGCGAUAAUGAAGCGUGUCCGUCAUCCAAAUGUUGUCCUCUUCAUGGGUGCUGUGACCAAGCGUCCUCAUCUAUCCAUUGUGACAGAAUAUCUGCCUAGGGGUAGUCUAUACCGCCUCAUACACAGGCCUGCUGCUGGGGAAGUAUUAGAUCAAAGGAGACGGUUACGCAUGGCGCUGGAUGUGGCCAAGGGUAUCAAUUAUCUUCAUUGUCUUAAUCCUCCUAUAGUUCACUGGGACCUUAAAUCUCCAAAUUUAUUGGUAGACAAAAACUGGACAGUAAAGGUAUGUGAUUUUGGGUUGUCCAGAUUCAAAGCGGACAGUUUCAUAUCAUCUAAGUCUGUUGCUGGAACACCUGAAUGGAUGGCUCCAGAGUUCCUUCGUGGAGAGCCCUCAAAUGAAAAGUCUGAUGUUUAUAGUUUUGGGGUGAUCCUAUGGGAGCUUCUGACCAUGCAACAGCCCUGGAAUGGACUUUGUCCUGCACAGGUUGUUGGAGCUGUAGCUUUUCAGAACAGAAAACUUGUCAUCCCACCAAAUACCCCUCCAGCAUUGGCUUCCCUGAUGGAAUCUUGUUGGGCCGAUGAACCAGCAGAACGCCCAUCUUUUGCUAAGAUAGUUGAGUCGCUUAAGAAGUUGCUCAAGUCUCCAUUGCGGUCGAUAGGAAGUCAAUGAAGACCGACCCUGCUGGAAGCCGUUGUCAUAUUUCCCUAUGUGAAAUAAUUUUGAAUCCACUGAUCUGCAAUGACCACACCUUAAUCCACAUUCAGCUAACGAAUCCUUUUCAGUUCGAGGUAAGUUAACUGUAGAUUUGUUGCUGAUCUAACCCCAUUUGAGAGUCAUCUGAAGCUCAUUAAGCCAAAGCCUAUAACUAAAACAAAAAUGCUGAUGAGGGCCUUAUAUUUAAAUAGGUUUCUGUGAGCAGCCUUUCUCACACAAGUUAUUUCUGACUGUAACUCCGCAAUGUUCAAAAAUUCGGAAUGAGCUUUGUUAUGCUCUUUUUCCCCCGCUGUAUCAGAUACCACGUUGGGAUUGUGGUAGUGUUUAUUUAGUCUGAAGGUAUCAAAAUAAUGCAGUCAAUAUUUAGAAAGAUAAUUAGCAUGGAAGCAGCAAA